CCGAAAUAUUUAGAGAUUGGGAUUGGGAAACCGAAAUUAUUUAGAGAAUGGGAUUGAUUUUAGGGUGUAAUUCGGUAACUGGUAUUGUGAUACUGAUACCGUACUGAUUUCCACCUCUAAUAAAAAAGAUUAAAAAAAAGUUGCAUCUCGUCGACCAGAUCUCCCUCGUGGAUAACGCCGCCACCACCACCGCCAUCUCCUUCCAACACUACUCUUGAUCCUUCGCAUAGGGCAUAUUUUAUCCGGGAGACACCCCGUCAUGUUCCCUUGUGAUUGGGGAAGAGAACGAGAGUGGGGCGACGGUGGAGGAAGGGGACGGAAGAGGGAGGAGAUACCAGAGGAGGGAGAAGUCGGGGAUGGGAAUGGGGAGCUUUAGAGUCUUUUUUAUUUUCUUAUAUAUUUUAUGAUUUUUUUAGAUUUAAGGGCUAAUUCCAAUGGAGAGCCCCAACUAUCACAAAUGUGUCAUUUGUGGCCUCAACUAUAUAUUUUGCAUAUUUUAAUAUGCAAAAUAUGGUCCGAACUAAUUUUCUGUCAUUGCUGACUGUAGUUGACCGUUGUAACUUAACGGUUUGACAACUCACUGCUUAUGUGGUGGCCGACGUGAUUGCAGCCCUCGUGUGUUUUUUAACCAAAUUAUCCACGUCAUUUGAGCCGGUAAUAAAAAUGGGAAAAGGGAGUUAAAAGUAAAACCCGAUUGGGUAAGUGAGAAACACCAUCCACUUUCCUUUUCUUCUUUUUCUUCGUAGAGUGAGAAACACCAUCGACGAUGAAGAACCCUAAAAUGUAAAUUUGUUGAAGUUGAUCUGCUCCAGCAUCGAGUUCCUCGAUUCACGAUAGACGAAGGUUGUUAGAACCCCGGACAGCGGGCGGAGGCAUCUAUCUCGGCGGUCGCUGUUCUAGCAUGUCUUGUCUUGGAAUUGGCUAUCGCAAUAGAAAAUUGAAGUUAGUUGAAUUGUGAUUACUUUAGUAAAACGGAUUAAAGUAGAGAAUAAGAAAUGUAAAAUCGUAAGUUUUUAAGUUUUAAAGCGCGAUUUUGACUAUCUGGAUGCGCAUUUAAAAUUGGUUUGCUAACCAUGCAGGAUGGUUGAUUUGCUCGAGUUGGUGGUGCAUCACGGUGGCAAGAUGGAUUUUUCUAGAAGUGCUCCUAGGUAUUUAAAUGGGAAAUCUGAGGUUGUGGACAUGGACAUCGGCUAUGUCUCAUUCUUCUAGCUUCAACUAAUUGGGACUAUACACCUUAAAUACGCAAGGGUUGAUCGGAUGUGGUAUAUGUCCCCCUUAGACACUAUAGAGACUGUACUCUAUGAGAUCAAGUCGGACAUUGAUGUGAUGGAUGACAUGCUCCAUGCUUUCCAAGAUAGAAGCAUUGUCAUUUUCAUGGAGGCAACGAAGACUAGAGUUAAGACAGUGAAGAUUUGUGUGGUGACUCUGUCGAGGAUGGUGAUGAAGAAGAUGGUGAACGCUCUUAAUGUCGAGACAUCAUCCACCCUAUGGAUGAUGAUAUUCGAACAUCAUACGAUGAGUUCAUUGUUGACAUGGCUAAUCAAGGCAUUAUAGGGCAAGCUAGGAAUGUUCGUACUCGCAUCGAUGCAACCGGGGAGGAGGCGGAUCAAGAAUCUGACUCGGAUGACUAUGUUGGUGGUGAUGAUACUGUCAGAAUUUGUGAAGGAGAUUCUGGUGAAGAGGGAGGCAAUGACAAAUGUGGUGAUGUCCAAGAGCCAGUUCAGCAGUCGUCCUAUAAGGCAUCUGUUGACUCUCGCCAUGUUAGGGGCAACCACGAUGAUGAGGAGCCAGUUGAUACACUUGCAGAUAUGCCGCAUUAUGACCCAAAUUGUGACGGUGGGGUUGAGAUUUGACAGCCCUGAUCAGUUCAAGGAAGUAUUUAGUCAAAGUUCCAUUGCAAUUGGCCCUGACAUCAGAUGGACUAGGAGCUCAAAGUUGAGUAAGCAUGCUGAGUGUCGUCACUUGUGUGGGUAGUAUGUCUACGCUAGCUGGCUCACUAUUAAGAAUGUUGGGAAGGAUCAUACAUGUCCACGAAGUGUAAGAAUGAAGGGUGUGCAAAUGCAAUGGGAGCUGCCAAGAAAUACCUGGAUCGUUUCAGGAGGGAGCCCAACUGGGAAGUGAAGCACAUGAUAGCGUAGAUAAGGCAGAAUGCAAUGUUGUUAUUACUAGGAGGCAGUGCUAUAUGGCAAUGGCUUAUGCAAAGAGGUUUAUGGGUGGAUCUUUAGUGGAAGAGUUUGACAAGGUACGUUCCUAUGUGACUAAGUUGAAGAAUGGAACCUUUGUGCUGGAGGUGGAUCAAUCUCCAAUCCCCAACCGUGUUAUGUUCAAACAACUUUAUAUUGGGUUUAGUGGGCUGAAGCAGGGAUUUGUGAGAGCAUGAAAACCCAUGUUUGCAUUAGAUGGUUGAUAUCUUAAGGGCGAAGUUAAGUGAAUGCUAUUGUGUGCGAUUGGGAAGGAUGGUGACAAUAGGAUGUUCCCAGUUGCGUGGACUAUUGUAGAAGGGAAGAAUAAUGAUAGCUUGAAGUGGUUUGUCACUAUACUGCAACAAGACUUGAGGACGGUUGAUGGUCGUGGCUGGACCAUCAUUUCAGGCCAGCAGAAGGUGAGUUCUUUAAGCGAUUUGUUUUAGCGUAACAUAAUCUCCAUUUUGUAUUAGCAUCUCACGCUGUCAAGUUUUGGAUCUAUGUAGGGAUUGGUGCAAGCCGUUGUAACUUGUCUACCCGAGGCUUCGCAGAGGAAGUGUGCACGUCAUGUGUUUGCGAACUGGAAGGUGAAUGAUAGACCAUUAAUUGCACAUAUUUUUACCCCUAUUCUUGAGCCGUUUGAGAUGUUGAUUCUCGUGUUUUAGACCGAUUUCACACUAUGUUGUGCUUGUUUGUGAUAUUUCAGGUCCUAGUACGUGAAUGAAGGUUUGGGAGCGAGUUCGGGGUCGAUUGGACGAAGAUCGGACGUAUAACGAGUCGCUGAGGAAGCCACACGGGCACUCCUAAAACCCACACGGCCGUGUAAGGAACCAAUGUGGCCGUGUGGGAUUUAGCGAGGCUUUACACGGGCAUACAGGAGAUUCCACACGGCCGUGUAGGUAGCCUGAAGUCCAUUUAUGUGAAACGCAGCGUGUUGACACUCACACGGGCAUCUGGGUAAUCCACACGGCCGUGUGGCCUGCCCGUGUGAGUCGGGAAUUCUGGUUUUAACCCAAUUUCAAGCCACAAGUGAGGAGAUCGACUUUUUAGAGCAAAAACAGAGCCCUAGAGAGAGAAAGAGCAAAGAACACACCCUAGAAGCGAUCUUGGAGCUGGGUUUCAUCAAAUCGAGCUUGGAGAUCAUCAUAGGAGUGAGAAUCAUCAUCCCAUAGCAGAUUCUUCCCAUUGUUAUGAGUAUGACUGCUUUGUAUUCUGUUUCUCUCUCUCUCUCUCUCUCUCUCUUUAUGGAGUAGACCCUUCUCUCACUUGGGUAUGAAGAACCCUAGUUCCAUGUGUUAGGGAUCAUGAUUGUAAUGACUUGGGAUUGCUAUACUGUUUGGUUUUAAUCGACUGAUGCAUGAUUCAUUGAAUUGAUUGAAGUCUGAUCAGCUUUUCUUGAUUUCUGCUACAACCUGAGAUAGAUAGAAUCUGAUUAGGUUGUGAGAGCUUCUUUAUUCGGUAGUAGUAGAUUGGCUAUACGAGAGUUAGUCAGUCUACUGCUUUGUACUGGAAUCCAAUUCCAGUAGUGGAGUUCUGUACUUAUUGCUUCAGCUUUCUAUCCCGGUGAAGACUAGUAGUCUGCCGGGUAGUUAGACUGAGAGGGCUUGGUCAGCUUAAGAGAUUCCAAGCUACUGUUGGAUCUUUUGCAGUUUAAUCAACAGUAAAUCAACCC